AUGUAUUGGCACCUGAUAAUUGUAUUUGGUAGCUUACAAAGGGUUUUAACUAUCGAACAUGACUCAAUUUGUACAAGUGAUGAUGGUUCUUGUCCAGAGCCAAGUCAUACGAUUAUGAGACUGCGCGAGAGAAAUGACGAGAAAGCUCGUUUAAUCGCAAAACAGCAUGGUAUGGAAGUAAAGGGUAAGCCAUUUCUUGAUGGCACGUAUUAUUUUAUUAGUCAUUUAUCAAACGCUCGCUCAAAAAGGCAGAAACGCGAAGUAAUUUCAAGGUUACAAGAACAUCCUGAUAUUUUAUUGAUCGAAGAGCAAAGGCCGAGGGUAAGACGGAAACGCGAUUUUAUCUAUCCUGACAUGACUUCCGGAAGUUCUGAAGAUUCUGAUAAUGUUAUGAGACAUUCCCAGUUACCAACCAUGACAGAGCAUGGCAUUAAUUAUUCAUAUCGUAAAAGGCCUGUUUUGCCUUUCCCAGAUCCUUUAUAUAAAGAACAGUGGUACUUUAAUAAUGGUGCGCAAGGAGGUUAUGAUAUGAAUGUGCGAGGAGCAUGGCUGUUGGGUUUUGCCGGUCGUAAUGUAUCUGUUUCAAUACUGGAUGACGGUAUCCAACGAGAUCAUCCAGAUUUAGCCGAAAAUUAUGAUCCAUUUUCAAGCACUGAUAUCAAUGGUCAUGAUGAUGAUCCAACACCUCAGGAUAACGGUGAUAAUAAGCAUGGAACACGAUGCGCUGGAGAAGUCGCAUCCGUUGCUGGAAAUAAAUAUUGUGGAGUGGGUGUUGCAUUCCAUGCAAGAAUUGGCGGCGUUCGUAUGUUAGAUGGUUCCGUUAGUGAUAGUGUUGAAGCAGCAAGUCUUUCUCACAAUUAUGAUCAUAUUGAUAUAUAUUCGGCAAGUUGGGGUCCUGAGGACGAUGGUCGAACAUUUGAUGGCCCUGGACCAUUAGCACGCAAAGCAUUUUAUGAUGGUACUAAAAUUGGACGACGCGGUAAAGGAAAUAUUUUCGUUUGGGCCAGCGGUAAUGGUGGUUCUAGGCAGGAUAGUUGCUCUGCUGAUGGCUAUACAACUUCAGUGUAUACACUCAGUAUUAGUUCAGCAACAUUUGAUAAUCGCCGUCCAUGGUAUUUGGAAGAGUGUCCAUCAACUAUCGCCACAACUUAUAGCAGUGCUAACAUGAAUCAACCAGCAAUUGUAACAAUUGAUGCACCUUAUGGAUGUACUCGUUCACAUACAGGUACUAGUGCGUCUGCUCCACUUGCAGCAGGUAUCAUUGCGCUCGCGCUAGAAGCGAAUCCAAAUUUAACAUGGCGCGAUAUGCAGCAUAUUGUACUACGAACAGCCAAUCCAGUUCCUUUACUCAAUAAUCCAGGUUGGUCAGUGAAUGGAGUUGGUAGGCGAGUCAACAAUAAAUUUGGUUACGGGCUUAUGGAUGCUGAAGCACUAGUAAAGCUUGCACUGAUUUGGAAAAGAGUACCGGAACAGCACAUUUGCACUUAUGAUUAUAAGUUGCCAAAUCCAAAUCCGCGACCAAUAACGGGUAAUUUCCAAAUGAAUUUUUCUCUGGAAGUAAAUGGUUGUGAAUUUAGCGCACCAAUUUUAUAUCUUGAACAUGUGCAAGUAUUGGUAACAGUUCGUUUUGGAAAACGUGGUGACCUGAAAUUAACAUUGUUCUCACCACGUGGCACGUCAACAGUAUUGCUUCCACCUCGUCCACAGGAUUACAAUUCCAAUGGUAUCCAUCAAUGGCCGUUUUUGUCUGUGCAUACGUGGGGUGAAGAUCCUCGUGGAACUUGGACAUUGAUGGUGGAAUCUGUUAGCACUAAUAGAAAUAUUGGAGGAACCUUCCAUGACUGGUCAUUGCUGCUAUAUGGUACGACUGAACCAGCUCAGCCGACUGAUUUACACCAUCAUGUAAAUCCAUUCUUCUAUGGACCAACUCAAACAGCGUUUGGUAAAAUUACUCAGCAAAUAGUAUCACAGGUGCUUGGACAUGUAUCAAUUUUCUUUCUACCUUAA